UGUGAGAGAGAGAGAGAGAGGUGUAGUGCUGGACUGCCUCAGAUCACUCCUCGGUGCUAUUGGAGGUAGACCGCAGCCGGCAGCAUGAUUCUGUUCACACUUGGACUAUAUUUUCAACUCCUCUGCUAUGUGGCGUCAUUCUCUUACGUGGAUAAUAUAUUCCCUCAUCCAACAGAUCUCCAGUUGCUGGAAACCAGAAAGAAAUUCAACCCCUGCUGUUUACUGAGUCCACCUCCGCCCCCUCUCUUCCCUCCACCCCAUUCACUGUGGCGGCAGGGCCCUCUGACUGUGACUGUUGUUCCACCAAAUGAAUGGAACUCAGAAGGGAAGCACAAUCCCACACCCCCCAUGUGUUCCCCAGGGCCUCCAGGACCAGCAGGACCUCCUGGCCCUCAGGGUCCUGCUGGACUGCCGGGACCAAAGGGAGAUAAGGGUGAAAUAGGAAGACCUGGACAAAAGGGACGCACUGGCCCUCCUGGUCUUCCAGGACAACAGGGACCAAGUGGAUGGCAAGGACCAGCUGGGUCUAAGGGGGAGAAAGGCGACCCUGGGCUGAUGGGCAUGCCAGGGGCAAGAGGACCAAUUGGACCCAAGGGCUUACCUGGACAUAAGGGAGAAAAAGGCUCACAAGGUUUAAGAGGUGAAAUUGGCUUAAAAGGUGACAAAGGAUCAAUGGGUCUUCCUGGAAUGCUUGGCCAGAAGGGUGAAAUGGGCCCAAAAGGAGAACCUGGAAGCUCAGGGAACAGGGGACCCACCGGCCGCCCAGGAAAAAGAGGAAAGCAGGGUGCAAAAGGUGACAUUGGUGCAACUGGACCCAUGGGUCCUGCAGGCCCUCAGGGGGCCCUUGGUCACCCUGGCCCUCCUGGUUUGCCCGCCUCAGAGGUCAAACAGUAUGUGCAGCCUUAUAGCACGAGAAGGGUAAUGACCUAUGCUCUGAACGGGGUUGAGAGCACCUUAGGCACAUAG